GCCAAUUAUCGCUAGCAGUGGGUGCUAGACGAAGUGUUAAUUUUUGCAGUUUGCGUCAACGAUUACACUUACAUGAUGACAAGAUGUUAUAUAUUCAAGGGGUUAGAUCCAAGAAUUGCACACCGUAAUGUAUCUUCGAGCAUAAAUCUACCAUUUUAUGCUAAUCAGUUAAAACAAUUGCUAGACUAGCUGUGGCAGCUUAGAGAAACCUUACUUCAGCCUAGAGAUACGGAGUCAUUUCAGUUCACCGAUUGAUAUGUACUGUAAAACAACAUGGCUUCUUACUUGUGUUUGCCUGAGUCCAUUUUAUUAAUGGUAUUUCGGUACCUACGUUUGGAUGAACUGUGCCUCGGAGCAAGAAAAGUAUGCAAAACCUGGCAUCGACUAAGUUAUGAUUCCAGUUUGUGGAAAAUUCUAGAUCUUCAGCAUUUGUGUUAUUUUAUGACUGAUGAGAAAUAUCUUUCCAUGCUACCAUUCAUAGCCGACCAUGUAGAAGAAAUCAAUUUUGAAGGUUGCAAAUAUUUGACAGACAGAGCUUUUUUGCAGGGUGGCAUAAAAUGUCCAAGGCUGCGUUCGGUAAACUUCAAUUUCACCAACAUCACUUUCAGUGGACUCCAACUAGUAAUAACACAAUUUAAGGGACUUAAAGGCAUAUCACUGAUAGGGUGUGACAAGCUCCAGAAACCAGAACCAGGGUGCUAUGAAGUGCCUGGAAAUCUUCACAGAGCACUUCAGAACUUAAAGCAGCUUCAGACUUUAUCUUUAGCAUCGGGGGAUACCAUGCUUGGAGUAUUACUGGAUGAAGAAAGCACAGAAGAAAAUUUUGAACAAGAAGAAAGGAAUGGGAUUGUGCAGCUACCUCUUCAAUGUUCACAAUUGACAGCCUUGACACUGAGUUCCCAUAGGCGAUUAAAAGAUCGCAUUUUCAUUGAGAUGGCAAAAAAUUGUGUUAAUGUGACCAAGUUGCAUAUCCCCCUGUGCACAGGACUGACAGAUGAAGGAUUCGAGCAAGGAUUUCAAUAUUUUCCAAAUCUACUGGACCUAGAUAUUUGUCACACUGAUGUAAAGGACAGCGGCAUGAAGAGCAUAACAGAGAAUUGCAAAGAGUUACAGAAACUGAGUGUAUGCGGAUGCAAGUACAUUACUGACAUGGGUUAUGUCUACGUCGGACUCCACUGCUCUAAACUGGAAGAACUAAGGAUUUGUACAGACAGAGAAUAUGUGUGGCCAACUGAAGCAAGUAUUACAGAUCAUGGCCUCACUGCAAUCAGCCAGAACUGCCCUGAUCUUAAACAUGUAGAAAUUUGUCGAUGUUCAUGUGUGACUGAUGCUGGGAUCAUUUCUCUUGCCGAGUGCUGUUCUGGCUUGGAACAUCUGAGUGUGAGUGGUUGUUUAGCUCUGACUGAUGCUUCCCUUCAUGCCCUGUCUAGGUGCUGCAAGAAUCUCAAAGUCUUCACAGCUUCAGAAUGUGUUCAGCUGAAAUCUGAAGGCAUCAACCUACUCAUGAUCAGUUGCCCCCUCUUAAAGCACCUUGAACUGGCAACUCUGCAUUAUCUGGAUACAGUAAGUUUUAAAGAUGUCUAUGCUCAGAAUGAUGUUGCUGCAUUUAGUCACAGUCAAGCUGGUUGUAAUGAUAUGAUAACUAGUAUGGACAUAGUUUGUGAAGCAUCAUGCUCAAGUGAAACUCAGCUUGCUGAAAUGCCAAGCACACACUCUCAUGUUGAACCAAGACAUGCCUUUCAGUUUAGACAUUUAGACCUAAGUUUGUGCUCCAAGAUUGACAAUCAUUCAGUGAUAGAGAUUGCAAAACACUGCCGAGAGCUGCAGAUUCUCUUACUGAGAGGGUGUCACCUGGUAACUGAUGUUGCCAUAGCAACAUUGGCAGAAAAUUGUGAAAAGCUCCAGUAUUUAGACAUAUCAGGUUCCUCAACCUCCUCCCUGCAGUUGACAGACAAAGCCUUGCUUGCUAUAGCAGAGUAUGGGAAGUCACUAGAAUUCCUGAACAUUACCAAGAAUCUUUUGAUCACAGAGAGCGGGAUCAGUGAACUUCUCUCUAAGUGUCCUCGGCUGUUCCAGCUGAUGCUUACUGUAGAUUACAGGCUGCAUGUCCCCUUUCAGCAAGUGAUGAAGACAGUGAUUGAAUACCAUGGCUACAGUAACUACUGUCACCCUUCGGCAGAGGAUGGAACCUGCAUGGGAUUGCGGCAAGCUGGAAAUGUAACACUGCAGUUUCCUUCUUUGCUGAAGGUGAAGUUGCACAGGGUGCUGGAGUCCAAAGUUGGAGGAAACAUUUCCUGGUGUGCACAGCCAAAGUUUUGAACAGUAGCACUAUGAUGUAGAGAAUCAAAUAGUAUUCUGUGAAUCUCAUUCAUUGUUGUAAUAUUUGUUUCUUGGUGGUAUAGGUUAUAUCAGAAAUAUAUGUUGUGGAUUUGUGAUAUAAAACUGCUUUUAUUUGCAUAUAAAAUUUUAAAGGAUGUUUUGUGAAUUUCAUAUAGCCAACAUAUUAAGACAUUUCUAUAGAUUUAUGCAAUUCAUAAGUCUCAUUUAAAAUUGGAGUCAAAACUCUUUAAAAUUCUUUUCACUUUUUUUUCUGCGGGCGUUUCUUUGUCACAUGCUCAUUGAUUUCAGACUGUUUUGAUUGAAAGUUGAUGUUAAGUGGAAAGUUUCCAUUUUGCAGUGGUCUACUUAAUGAGGAAAUAUUUCAUGAAAUCUAAAUGAAAUGCCAUCAAUGAAAAUCACUGAAAAUGUUUUUGCUUAUUUUAUGUGUUUACCAGAUACAAGAUGAACUGUUGUAGUUAGUAAUCCGAUUUGUUUCCUGAAUGUUAUACAUUUGUUAUGAAAACAGAUAUUAAAUAGGUAAAAAAAAAUUAUAUUGAAUAUUUAGUGCAGUUGCAAAUAGUUAUUAUUCAUGCACCAUUUGUAGCUUUGCAUUAUUGUCUGAGGAUGAAGACAUUCACAUCCUUACCAUAUGGUGUGCUUGUACUGUAUUAUUUGGUCGCCUAAUUAUUCCAGUAUUAUUGCUCCUGUAGCAUUUAUGUGUGAAAAUCGUGUCAUAGUAGGUCUAUAGGUUAAUGAUGCUUUCAAAAGUUUUCAUUUAUUUCCCCCAAUCCCAUAUCAGCUUGAUGUGACAAAGUUUUAACCCUAGUUUGAUAACUAUGAGAUUAUUUUAAAAUUUUGAAAAUGCCAAUAGAAUAAUUAAAUUUGCUAUUUAGAACUUAUCCUCGUUCUUGGAGGAAUGAAAUGUCAAAAUAUGUUUUGCUCAAAUGUGGACACAAAUCUUGUGAAAUCACCCCAAAU